AUGAAAUUCAUAUGCUGUAUUCGUGGAGAAGAGCUUGUAAGUUGUUACUGUACAAAACCGCAUCAAACUGUACAGAACCGCAUCAAACUGUACAAAACCACGCCAAACUGUACAGAACCACGCCAAACUGUACAGAACCACACCAAUCUGUACAGAACCACACCAAUCUGUACAGAACCACACCAAACUGUACAGAACCAUACCAAACUGUACAGAACCGCAUCAAACUGGACAGAACCGCAACAAACUGUACAAAACCACGCCAAACUGUACAGAGCCACGCCAAACUGUACAGAACCACACCAAUAUGUACAGAACCGCAACAAACUGGACAGAACCACAACAAACUGUAGAAAACCACGCCAAACUGUGCAGAACCGCAACAAACUGUACAGAACCACGCCAAACUGUACAGAACCACUCCAAUAUGUACAGAACCGCAACAAACUGUACAGAACCACACCAAACUGUACAAAACCACACCAAACUGUAGAGAAUCACGCCAAACUGUACAGAACCACGCCAAACUGUACGGAACCACACCAAUAUGUACAGAACCACGCCAAACUGUACAGAACCACUCCAAUAUGUACAGAACCGCAACAAACUGUACAGAACCGCACCAAACUGUACAAAACCACGCCAAACUGUACAGAACUGCAACAAACUGUACAGAACCACGCCAAACUGUACAAAACGACACCAAACUGUAGAGAACCACGCCAAACUGUAAAGAACCACGCCAAACUGUACAGAACCACACCAAUAUGUACAGAACCGCAACAAACUGUACAGAACCACGCCAAACUGUACACAACCACACCAAACUGUAGAGAACCACACCAAACUGUACAGAACCACACCAAUCUGUACAGAACCACACCAAUCUGUACAGAACCACACCAAUCUGUACAGAACCACGCCAAACAGUACAGAACCAUACCAAACUGUACAGAACCGCAUCAAACUGUACAAAAACACGCCAAACUGUACAGAACCACGCCAAACUGUACAGAACCGCAUCAAACUGUACAAAACCACGCCAAACUGUACAGAACCACGCCAAACUGUACAGAACCACACCAGUAUGUACAGAACCACGCCAAACUGUACAGAACCACAACAAACUGUAGAAAACCACGCCAAACUGUACAGAACCGCAACAAACUGUACAGAACAGCACCAAUCUAG